AUGGAAGGCCAUAGGUGUCCCAAAUUGCAAAAAUGUAAAAAUCUGAUUGCUUACACAGAUGUACAAAUUGAAACAUUAGGAAUGUGUCCUAUAAAAGUCAAAGCCUUUAAUGCGGAGAAAAUAUUGACAGCUUAUGUUACUCAACAAAAUGACAUUCCGCUUUUUGGAUUAAACUGGUGUAUUAAAUUUAAAUUGCCAAUGCCACCGGGUGCCAGACUUUGUAAUAUAAAAGAACCUACAGCAGUAACGAACGAUACAGAGUAUACAAAAUAUAACACUGAAAUAGCAGCUAUUUUCAGUGAUUUUAAAAUAGUUUUCGAUGGCAAACUCGGAACAAUAAAAGAUCAUUAUGCCAAAAUCCAUAUUCCAGACGGUGUUCAACCAAAAGCAUUCCGACCACGUCCUGUGCCUCUUGCAUUACGCGAACAGGUGAACACUGAACUCAAGAGAUUAGUAGAUGAGGGGGUUUUGGAACCUGUUGAUACAAUGGCAACCCCCAUAGAAUGGGCAUCACCCAUCGUCAUUGCUAUAAAGGCAAACGGAAACGUUCGUAUAUGUGCCGAUUUCAAAGUAACAAUUAACCAGCAUGUACAAAUAGAUGAUUAUCCUUUACCAAGAUUUGAGGAAAUAACUUCUAAAUUGUCAGGAGGACAACUUUUUACAAAAAUUGAUUUAAAAGAUGCCUAUUUACAACUGUUAAUACAUCCGAACUCGAGAAAGUAUUUAACCAUCGUAACUCAUAAAGGAUAUUUCCGUUAUAAACGUUUACCCUUUGGAAUCUCAUUUGCACCAGCUGUUUUUCAACGAACAAUGCAUCAUAUACUCAGCGGCCUAGAUGGAGUAGUUUGUUAUUUGGAUGAUAUAUUAAUAACAGCAGGUGACCUACAAGAGCAUUUAACUCGGGUGAGAGCAGUAUUACAAAGAUUACAGGAUUUAGGCCUAAAGAGCCAAAUAAGUAAAUGUGCUUGGUUACAGGACAGCGUAACAUUUUUGGGUCAUAAAAUUGACAGACAUGGUUUACAUCCAACAACAGAAAGAAUCGAAGCCAUAAAGAAAAUGCCCCUUCCGACUAAUACAACCGAACUUCGUGCCUUCUUAGGUUCGAUAACCUAUUAUGGGCGUUUUAUAGAUAAUUUACACAUGCGAUGCGCCCCACUUUACAGACACUUAAAAAAGAAUGAAAGAUGGGUGUGGACUGAAGAUGAUACAAACAUAGUAAAUGAAUUAAAAAACAUUCUAACAUCCAGUGACACUCUCACUCAUUAUAACGGCAAUGAACCCAUCUAUGUGAGUAGUGAUGCUUCAGACAAAGGUGUGGGCGCAGUGCUAUUCCACAAGAUAAAUAACGUAAUGAAGCCAGUAGCAUAUGCAUCGAGAACACUAUCGGAUAUCGAGAAACGAUAUUCUACCAUAGAUAGAGAAGCGCUUGGAAUAGUAUACGCUGUAACAAAAUUCCAUCAAUACUUGUAUGGUAGAAAGUUCACCUUACUUACUGAUCAUAAACCUCUUGAAAGAAUCUUCAGUCAAAACAGAGAAACACCCAAAAUAGCGAGCAACCGCUUACUUAGAUGGGCGAUGAUACUCAACAGUUAUGAGUAUAUAAUACAAUACCAAUCAGCGAAAGAAAACACUCCAGCAGAUGCAUUAUCAAGGUUACCAUUGACCAAUAGCGAUACAUCUUUAGAAAAGAGAACUGGACUACCCAAUUUUGCACAUUUACUACAUCUGAGACUCAGUAACAUUCCUGUAACGAAAAAAGAGUUAAGAAAUCAAACUACUAAAGACAGAACCCUUAAUAAAAUUAAACAGUAUUUAACAUCACACUGGCCAGAAAAGAAAGACCUAAACAACGAGUUUCAUACUUAUUUCGAAAAAAGAAAUGAAAUGUCUUUCGAAGACGGUAUCGUUUUGUGGAAUGGGAGGUUAUGUAUACCGAACACACUCAAACAAUCCAUCCUAGAAAUGUUGCAUGAUGGGCAUAAUGGUACAACUGCCAUGCAAUCAUUAGCUCGCCUCCACGUCUACUGGCAAAAUAUUGAUAGAGAUAUUCUAGCUUUCUCAAAAAGAUGUAAUCUUUGCCAACAAUCUAGGAAUAACACCAGUAAACCUCCGGCAUAUCCGUGGGGUAUACCAGAAGAGCCUUGGCACAGACUGCAUAUAGAUUAUGCAGGCCCUAUUUACGGACACAUGUGGCUAAUAGUCAUAGAUGCUUAUUCAAAGUGGUUAGAAGUCAUGCCUAUGAAGUCAUCAACAUCCAAAGCAACUAUAGUAAAAUUAGAUAACAUAUUUGCUACAUUCGGCGUACCACGAUAUAUUGUUACCGAUAAUGGUCCUCAGUUCACGUCAGAUGAAUUCCACGAUUAUUGUAAGAAGAUCGGCAUUACACAUAUUAAAACGACACCAUACCACCCCAAAACAAACGGACUAGCCGAACGCGCUGUGCGCACUUUUAAAGAAAGAAUGUUAGCCAGCGACAGAAGCAUUGACUUGUAUCAACGUUUAUAUAGCUUUCUUCGAGGAUAUAGAAACACCCCUCGUCGGUCGACUAACCGUUCACCAUAUGAAAUGAUGUUCGGAAGACCCAUGCGUACAACCCUCCAUCUUUUAAAACCAAACGUAAAAGAAAACCUGGAAAAAGCUAGGUUGUAUCAACAAUUUAGACCUACUAAAGUGGUAGUACCUCCAACAUAUAGCCCUGGAGAUAAAGUAUGGGUAAAUAAAACAACCGGCAAAGGCUCUGAUCCUGGUAUAAUUACAAAAUGCAACGGACCUUACUCUUAUAUAGUAGAGAUGGCGGAUGGAAUACAUAGACGCAAACAUUCUGAUCAGUUGCGUCCGAGGAAUAACGGUUCAAAUGAUAACGUGGAAGUAAAACCCUUUACCUAUUACAAACGCAACGUUAACGAGAGCAAUUGGAGCGGUGAUUGGGGGCAACAACCUACGCCUGCAGCUUCCACCAGUAGACAACACCCUGAUGGUUCGCGACAACAGCCUACAGAAACGGCCACCGCAUCAACCUCCCGAGCAGAGCCUGAGCUUGGUGUAUCGAUACAGUCACCACCGCAGCGGCGUUCUGAGCGAAAGAGGAAACCACCUGUACGUUUCGGGUACUAG